UUUAACGUGUAUACAUGACUGUGACAUCAUGUCAUGUGCAAAGGGCCGCUGCUGUGUUAACAGUUGCUGUGCGCACACGAGUGCAAAUGGAAACGGAAUCUGGAUGUAGGUAGGGACUCAUGAACUUAGUCUUAGGGCAGCAAUUUUAAUAAACUACACACUCCUCUACAGAGCACAAUUUGCAUGGCAAAACCAUCACCAGUCAUGCCACUGCUACUUCAGUUUUGUGUGAAUUCCGCACAAAGCGGCUCACUUUGACCAGACUCUCUUCUUCCGGAAAGUGGUUUUGGGAGAACAGAAAUUGGGCGCCGCACACACACAGCGCAGGACUUCGCUGUGGGAAACACUCCCCCCUUCGGCCGCCGACACACACCGUCUGACACCACCGUCUCGCUCCGGCGACCCGAAGCUCCGACCGCGCGCUCGUCCUCGCUCUUCUCACUUCUCCACUCUGAUCCACAGCGUGGACGCGCGCGGGACGCUGAGUGGCUCGCGGAGCGAGAGUGCGCACUGGCUGAGGCGAGACCGCACGCUCGUCCUCGUCGUCCCUCAUCGCAGCUCCCGAGUUUCACUUGCGUCGACUUUAAACGCGCCGGCGUGGACGCGCCCGGGAAGCGGUGAGGUUCGCGAAGCAGGAAUGUGCGCUGGCUGAGGCGAGACUGCGGCGCGGCUGACAGCUUCGCAUUGUAAACAAGUAAGUUGCUUCAACACCUCAGAGACCGCGUCUUGAAAUCCAUUUUUUUUCCAUCAAGUUGCACCGAGUUGACGUGACGUAGACACUCGAGGAGCUUUGCGUGCCCCGACACAGCCCCGGUGUGUUGCUACAGUUCCGUUGACUCUCACUGUGUGUGUGUGUGAGACAUCCAUAGCAUUUUUCCAGCUAGCUAGCAGGAAAGCUGCACUACUUCCUGUCCCUCGGCCAGGCAGGCAGAGCAGGCUCAGCAGCUGGCCGGGCUCUGCCCUUCAUCAUAUUCUCAUGUAAACAAAUAUAAUCUCCACAGACGCUUUAACACACCUAUCGGCUGUCUGUCGGUGUUUUCAUCAUGGAGCUGUGCCCCUUGUCACCCCUGUGCCCGCUGUGCUCUGCUGCUCGUUUCCGUCCUGUCCGCUCGGCUAGGCUAGCGUGUUGGCGCGUCGCGGGGGUUCUGUCCACACAGGAACUCUAGCUGUGUGCAUUCAGCGGCGCUCGCGCUCUGAACCAGGCGCUGCGUGUCACGCGGACGUGUCCGCGGCCCGUCGCGCGUCGGUGUGCAGCCGUUACAGCUUCGGAAGGGUUUGGCGAAUGCGGAGGCGCACGCUUGCCUUGAGUGCCUAGUUUUUAAAUACUCUCUCUCCUCCCAUGUUAACUUUUUCGGCAACUCAAGUAAAAGCUGUCUGUUUUUAUCGCCGCGAAUCCUCUUUUACGUUUAUUUUUUAGUUUCGGGUAUUUAAUCGCACCUCCUCCUUCGCACUUGUGAGCUAACAGGCUAAGUAGUAUUACCGCUGGAGCCUGUACGUGUACCACGAUAGGGGGCACGUGGUUUAACAAGUGUGACAGGCGACAGGCUGCUUGUGUUGUCGAGCCUUGCUGCUGCUGCUGCUGCUGCUACUACUGCUGUUGUUGUUGGGAAAGUGGACAGCACACGUAUUGAAACGCGCUUCCGUCCCGUCCGAAGGGAGCCGCUCUGCUGGUUAUCACACAGCGUACCUUGGUGUCCACGCGCACAGCGCGCGCUGUCACUUCUGCGCUGGCAUGAUGAUGCUGAACACUGUACGAAGCAGGAAAAAAUAAUAUGUCAUAUGACCCCUGCUUUGACUGAGAACUGCAAGAUAGACUGGAAAAACAGGUCGAAUGCAGGAGGGAUGUAAAACACAGUAGGGCACAGACAGAGAGGUGCAACAAAGCUCAUGUCUGACAGCCUAAACUAAGGUUCCUUGCUGCAGCAGGAGGUCUGUCACUGUGCUGUGAGGUGUGAGUUGUCCAACCUACCAUGGAUGACAGCUCGUCUUUGGGCAAAGUGAGUGGCUCCACAGAAUCUGUGUCCACAGUCACCAGCGAGGAGUUUGUGUUGGUUCAGUCAGCUGUUGCAGGGUCACCUUCAUGCUCCGAGGGGAAACCAAGGCUCAAGAUGUCCUGGAAUGGGAGUGAGCAACUUGAAAGGGCAAUGGAAGAGGUGCUUGAGGAUGAUAUGGGAGAUGGAGGGAGGACAAGAGGAGCACAGGAUAAUGAGAAAACAGAUGUGUUCUCUGAUCCAGAGUCCUCUGAAACCCACAAUAUGAAGAAACCACCAAGGAACUUAGCCCAGGAUGCCCUGCCUGCAGGUGCAUGUUGUCCAGUGGGUAGUGGCCCUGUCGAGGAGGAGGACAGCGUCCAGUUCAGCAAGCUGUCAUACCUGGGGUGCACUUGGGUGAAAGCCCCUCGCAGUGAACCUGAAGCUCUUCGGGCCAUGUCCACCCUACGGGCAGAAAGUGCUGUUCCCAUCCCGGUCACCCUCUACGUCCCCAAUGUGCCUGAGGGCUCUGUCAGGAUUGUGGACCAGGCCACGGGGACAGAGAUUGCCUCUUUCCCCAUCUACAAGGUGCUUUUUUGUGUGCGGGGUCGAGAGGGCUCGGUUGAGAGCGACUGCUUCUCCUUUACAGAAAGCUACCGCAGCAGCGAGGAGUUCCAGAUCCAUGUAUUUUCCUGCCACGUUAAGGAAGCUGUUAGCCGUAUUCUGUAUAGCUUCUCCACAGCAUUUCGUCGCUCUUCUAAGCCAGCUCCAGAUGUAAGAGACUCAGCUGUGCCACCUUUCCCAGAAAGUGAUGUCUUCACCUUCAUGGUCAUGUUGGAAGUGCGAGAGGAUGAUGGAAAAGGCAACUACAGUCCUGUGCCAAAGGACCGUGAUAAGUUCUACUUCAAGUUACGUCAAGGUGUCCAGAAGAAGGUGGUGGUUACAGUCCAACAGAUGAACAAUAAGGAGCUGGCUAUUGAGAGGUGUUUUGGAAUGUUGCUGAGUCCUGGUCGGAAGGUCCGGAACAGUGACAUGCAUCUCUUAGAUAUGGAGUCAAUGGGGAAGAGCUCAGAUGGAAAGGCAUAUGUAAUAACAGGGACAUGGAACCCCAGCACUCCAGCAUUCCAGGUGCUGAAUGAAGAAACUCCUAAAGACAAACAAGUGUACAUGACAGUGGCCGUGGACCUUGUGGUGACAGAGGUGGUGGAACCCGUCCGCUUCUUGAUGGAGACUCUUGUGCGGGUCUACUCUGCCAACGAAAGGUUCUGGUACUUCAGCCGUAAGACCUUCACAGAAACCUUCUACCUCAAGCUCAAGCAGGGCAGUGAGAAGGGCAGCCAAAGUGAUGCCAUUUUUGAAAUUGUGAGCCUACAGAGGGAGGCAGAGAGAACCGACGGGGCUCGUGGGCGCCUGAUCUCACCUGCCGAGGAUGAGGAGCUUGAGGAAGAGAGUGACAAUGAGAUUUCCAGUGGCACUGGCGAUGUGUCGAAGGACUGCCCUGAAAAGAUCCUGGAGUCGUGGGGUGGGAUCCUCAGCCGAUGGCAUGGGAAUCUGGCAGCAAGGCCCAAGGGUCUGUCUGCCCUGGUGAAGCCUGGAGUGCCUGAGGCCCUGCGGGCCGAGGUCUGGCAGCUCCUGUCUGGGUGCCAUGAUGACCAGACACUGCUGGAGCGUUACCGCAUCCUCAUCACCAAGGACUCUGUGCAGGAAGGUGUGAUCACAAGAGACAUACAUCGAACCUUUCCAGCGCAUGAUUACUUCAAAGAUUCUGACGGCGAUGGCCAAGACUCCCUGUACAAGAUUUGUAAGGCUUACUCUGUCUACGAUGAGGAGAUCGGGUACUGUCAGGGCCAGUCCUUCUUGGCAGCUGUACUUCUCCUGCACAUGCCUGAGGAGCAAGCAUUCUGUGUUCUUGUGAAAAUCAUGUAUGACUAUGGUCUCCGAGACCUGUACAAGAACAACUUUGAGAAUCUUCAUUGCAAGUUCUACCAGCUGGAGAGGUUAAUCCAGGAGCAGCUGCCAGACCUGUGGUCCCGCUUUCAGGAGCUGAACCUGGAGGCCCACAUGUAUGCCUCGCAGUGGUUCCUGACACUCUUUACAGCCAAGUUCCCCCUCUGCAUGGUGUUUCACAUCACCGACCUGCUGCUGUGUGAGGGGCUAAAUAUCAUCUUUAACGUUGCCUUGGCCUUGCUGAAGACCUCCAAGGAAGACUUGCUCCAGGCGGAUUUUGAAGGAGCACUGAAAUUCUUCCGGGUGCAGCUGCCAAAACGCUACCGAGCUGCAGAGAAUGCUCGGAGACUCAUGGAGCAGGCUUGCAACAUCAAGGUGCCCACAAAGAAGCUGAAGAAGUUUGAGAAGGACUACCAGGCCCUGCGCGAGAGCCAGCUACAACAAGAGGACCCUAUCGACAGGUAUCAGAGGGAGAACCGGCGGCUACAGGAAGCCAGUAUGCGUCUGGAGCAGGAAAACGAUGACCUGGCUCAUGAACUGGUCACCAGCAAGAUAGCGCUAAGGAAUGACCUGGACCAGGCUGAGGACAAGGCAGACGUGUUGAACAAGGAGCUUUUGAACACAAAACAGCGUCUCGUGGAGACAGAGGAGGAGAAGAGGAGGCAGGAGGAAGAGACAGCACAGCUAAAAGAGGUGUUUAGAAGAGAGCUGGAGAAAGCAGAGUCAGAGAUCAAGAAAACAACUGCCAUCAUCGCCGAGUACAAGCAGAUUUGCUCACAGCUGAGCACCAGGCUGGAGAAGCAGCAGGCUGCAACAAAGGAGGAGCUUGACAUUGUUAAGAGCAAGGUAAUGGCCUGCGAGCGUUGCCGUGAGGUCUUCAGCAAGGAGGGUCCACUACAGAUGCCCCUGGUGAGCAGGGACAACCGGGACUCAGACCUGGAUGAGGAGAAGGACACACUCAAGGCUCAACUGCGGGAAAUGGAACUGGAGCUGGCACAAACUAAAUUGCAGCUGGUGGAAGCCAAGUGCAGGAUCCAGGAGCUAGAGCACCAGAGGGGUGUACUGAUGAAUGAGAUUCAGGCUGCCAAAAACUCCUGGUUCAGCAAAACACUGGGCUCCCUAAAAACAUCCACAAGCAGCCAGAUGCCCUCGUCACCCAGAGAAGGGCUGUAAGCUCCCCUCCCUGGUAGAAUGAGCACAAAGGGGGGGGGGG